AUGAUGAGACCCCUGGUCUGUGCCAUCUUCCUGUUCCUGCUUUCAGGGACCAUAAAGUCCCAAUAUUUAGGGUGUGAUAUUCUACAGUAUGAAGAUGUUGGUUUUUCAAACCCCACAAGUGGACAUUACUCAUUCAGAAGUGCAGCCUCCUUAAAUGACCAAACUGUCUAUAUAUAUGAUAGCAGAAGUAAGAGGGCAGUGCCCAACCCGGGAUGGCAAAAUGUGGAGAAUUGGAAUAAAGUGAGCAAGCUUCAGAAAAAGAGAGAAGAUUUGAUCAUGAAGAACUUUCAAGAAUUCAGGAACUCUAGUAAAGAUUAUACACGCACCUACACCAUUACUCAAAUUUUAGGCUGUCUACUUUGUCAGAACGAUGAUUUCAAGAUAUAUCGGCAUAAUUUUGUUACUGGAAAAGAAUAUAAUGAGAAGUACAAGAAUAUAUUGGGUGUGGCCACAGAAGACCCUGUACCUGAAAUGAAGAAACAACAGUUGAAGCAAGACUUGGUUUCUUUGAAACUGCUCAAUAGAUAUAUGGAGAAACAAUGUGUUCCAACACUCCAAAAAUACCAGAAUUAUAAGAAUGCUAAUUAAGACAAGCCAGGUGGCCAAGUGUGAGGAAAUUUAGGAAUGGUGCCCUCUCAACUCAAACUAAGAGGAAAAUAAGCAGCUGUGAAGGUUUUUGCCACCAUCACUACCUCCCACCAUUAUACGGUUACUUACCAGUUACCUAUCAUUGUCUUUCCAGCCAAGAGCAUACCAUAGAUCCUGAUCCUUCCCUGGGAGA